AUGGGCUACUGGGAUGGCCUCCAGUGGAUCUGGUCAUUCUCUUGGAUCCGGGAACUCCGAACUCGUGAUACAGAGGAAAAAGAAAACUUAUUACAACUCCUCCAGCAGGUUUUUCUUGCAACUGGGCAUAAUGACUCACCCAUAUGGACCUUCCACAAAUCAGGAUGGUGGAUCUCUGGAUGGGCUGAUGCUUUCCCAUACACCCUAAUGGACAUUCAGCGAAACCCAAGAUGUCUCUUAUGGGGUGAUGGGGCCCAAAAACUACCAAAGAUGACUGACCCUGCAGCAGCAAUAUGGAUGGCCCCUUGUGAGAAUAUGCUAAAGUGGAAUGUAGAUGCAUCCUAUAAUACUGCCAUGAACAAAGCCGCAAUUGGAGGUGUUCUCCGCAACCACUUGGGCCAUUUCAAAUGUGUUUUCUCAAUGUCAAUACCGACAAUGGAGAUAAAUAGCGCGGAAGUUCUCGCAAUUCAUCGUGCCCUUUCAAUCACUUUGGCUAAUGAUGCUUUCAGAAAAUCAUCCCUCAUGAUUGAAUCAGAUUCCGCUAAUGCUGUAGCUUGGUGUACCGGGGAAAAGGGAGGCCCAUGGAAUCUAGGAUUUCAUCUAAACUUCAUCAGAUCAGCUUGCAAUGGAGAAUUGGAUAUCACCAUAGUUCACAAAGGAAGAUCCUCAAAUCAGGUGGCCGACACCUUAGCAAAGCAAGGCCUCGCUCGCAUGGAUAACUUCGUGGCCUAG